AUACCAUAGUAACACAAUACAUAUCAAUUUGAUUGUCAUAUCUAUGUACUAUAAUGCACAGAAUCAUUUUAACUGCAUUAUAUUCAUUCCUAAAUGGUUCUUUAUAAAUCAUAUGAUAUUAAGUAGUAUGUAAGUAGUAAGUAGUAAUAAUAGAACGAAUUGAAAAUAACAAUGAUUAGAAUCUAUAAAUAUCAAUUCAAUGAAAUGAUAUUUAUUGUUUCCAUGUUAAAUUUUUUGGGAUAUUUAUCUAAUUGAUUCUAUUAUUCUCUCUCUCUCUCUCUCUCUAUAUAUAUAUAUAUAUAUAUACAUUAUAUAUGUUGCAUCAGCAUAGUGAUUAAACAUACCUAGCAACUAAAAACAAAAAGAAAAUAAACAAAAACAACAACAACAACAACAGCAACAACAACAACAGUAACAGCAACCGUAUUCUAUUGUAAAUGCCACUAUUUAAAUUAAUAAUACAAACAAUAAAUCAGAAUAAAAAAUGUGAAAGUAUAUUUCGUUGGUUUGUGAAAGAUUGUAUAAAUGAUAUAACCUAUGAACAAUUAAUUAAUAGAAUACAAAGUAUAUUUUAUAAAUUGGAUUAUUAUAAUAAUGAAAUGAAUAAAGAAUUUCAAGUAUUAUGGUAUGAUGGUGAAGAUCUAUGUCGUAUUAUUUCCACUGAAGAUCUUCAUGAUGCUAUGGAAACAUUAGGUGGUUUAAAUGGUAAUGAUAGAAGUAUUAGAUUUUAUAUAACAACAGCAACAACCAUAACAACUACACCACCACCAACAACCACACCACCACCACCACAAACAACAACAACAAUAAUAAAUGAUUGUGAACAAUACAAAAUUCAUUAUAAUCAUAUAAUAAAUGAUAAAAACUCUAAUGUAUUACAAUUACCAGAUUUACCAGAAACAUUAGAUAAACUUGAAAUUGAUGAAAAUGUUAAACAUAGUAAUAAUAUUGAUUUAAAUAAAAUAGAUACAAAAUCUUCUACAACAAAACAAUCAAUAAUCAAUAAAUCAAUAAUAUUAGAUCAAUAUAAUAAUCAAAUUCAUUUAGAUUCUGAUCAUAUAUUACCUAGUGCACCAUCAUUUAUUGAUUCAACAUCAAUGAAUUUAUUAUGGUCUACAUUACAAUUACCACAAUAUAAUAUCAAUUAUCCAUAUAAUUAUCAAUCUUAUACUACUUAUACACCAUAUACAAAUGAUUAUUAUUUAUAUAAUAAAAUGAAUCUAAGUAAAUUAUCAUCAUCAGCAGCAGCAUCAGCAUCAGCACCACCACCACCAUCACCAUCAUCACCAUCAUCACCAUGUAUACAAUCGAAUACAAUCAAUGAUAUACAUAAAGCCUUGGCAACAAAUUCAUAUUCAACACAUUUAAAUCAUUCACGUUCAUCAUGUAAAAUUAAUAAAUUCGGUUUAAAACGUAAUAGUCAAUAUAGUUCAUCAUGUAUAAACUUAGCAACAAAAUCUAUGAAAGAUAAACCUAAACAACAAAUUGAUAUAUCUACAAUUAUAAUACGAUUACGUCAUAUGGGAUUUCAACAAAGUGAUAUAUAUUUAAGUAAUAUUAUAAAACAAUAUAAUGGAAAUAUUAAUCCUAUAUUAGAUAGAUUAUCUAUUGAAAACAAUAGAAAAUGAUAAUAUUGUAACUAUGAUUCUAAUUGUUUAUUGAUUUUUAUAUACAUAUAUAUAUGGGUGAAUGGUUUGUUCCUGAAAUAAACUCAUAUUCCAUUA